AUGGCGGGCGUGGGAGAUGCUAUCGACUCGCAGAGCGGGACAGGCCAGCGUUCCUCUGGCAUCUCCAUAUCGACUUUUCUCGCCUCGCUGGCGACGGCCAUCAUCAUCUUCGCUGUCGAAUUCGUCAUCUUCCUGAUCCUUAAGAGCAAGCUGACCAGAAUAUAUCAACCUCGCACGUAUCUGGUCCCUGAACGAGAGCGAACAGCACCAUCGCCAGCUGGCCUGUUUCGAUGGAUUAUUCCUGUCUUUCGGACGUCGAACUCGGAAUUCAUCAAGAAAUGUGGACUGGACGCCUACUUCUUCCUACGUUAUCUACGGAUGCUACUUAAGAUCUUUAUCCCUCUCUCGAUUAUCAUCCUUCCCAUCCUGAUCCCCGUGAACAAAGUCGGCGGUAGAGAUAGAAGCCUGAUAGACCCCUAUGAUAAUGGCUUCAUGGUUCGCUAUAAUGUCACCGGACUGGAUCAAUUGGCUUGGGGAAAUGUCAGGCCGGAGGACAAUCAUCGUUAUUGGGCACACCUGAUACUCGCCGUCAUCGUGGUCGUGUACGUCUGUGCCAUCUUUUUCGACGAGUUCAGGGGCUACAUACGGCUACGGCAGUCUUACUUGACCUCUCCACAGCACCGUCUGCGAGCUUCUGCGACGACGGUACUGGUCACCUCCAUCCCCACUAGGUGGCUGUCGGUUGAGGCGCUUGAUUCCUUAUUUGACGUCUUCCCCGGUGGUGUUCGUAAUAUCUGGCUUAACCGAGAUCUUGACCAGUUAAACGCCAAAAUUAAGCUACGGAAUCAGUUGGCGUUCACCCUUGAGUCUGCACAAACAGAGCUGAUAAAGAAGUGCAAACGAGCUCACCUGAAACAGCUCAGGGCUCAGGCCAAGAAAGAAGGGAAGCAGACAAAAGAGAGCAAACAGAGAAUCCAAGCUGAACACGACCGAAGAACCACUCAGCUGGUUGAAGGCGCCGGUAUCAGUUCUGGAGACCCACAGCAAACCGCGCACACUGUACAGGACCUAUUGCGCCAGAAACGUGACAAAGUACAAAAAGUUGGUGCCAUCAUUCCUAAAGUUGGACAUACCGUCGUCGGCGGCUUGAAGAAGUUUGGAAGCGUUCACCGUCAUAAUCACAGUGGAGGAACGACAUCAGAUCCCCAGCAGAACACAGAACAUGACAUCGAUAACGCAGAGCCACGGCCUUCCGGGUCUUCUCAUGCGAAUAACCCUAUGGGUAUGGACGGAACCGUUUUUGAGCGUCACGAUGAUGGUCGUCCAUUAACCAUGGCGAGUCCCGAAUUGGGAUCUAGUGAGCCCGAGAACUCCAAAAAAGACGGCAAAGACAAGAAAAAGGAUGAAUAUGACGUCGACAAAGAGUAUCCCGUGGCAUAUAACGAAGAGUAUGAGGAGGGCAACUAUGGCGAACCCGCCUGGAAGAAGUAUAUUCGAGAAAAGGACCGAGAUACUAUGCGUCUGCCCAUAUUUGGCUGGGACUGGAUGCCCUCUCUCCCGCUUCUGGGUAAGAAGGUCGACACUAUCUACCACUGCCGAAAGGAGCUUGCUCGACUGAAUCUUGAAAUCGAGAUCGACCAGCAACACCCAGAGAAAUUUCCCCUUAUGAAUUCAGCCUUUGUACAGUUUAACCACCAGGUUGCUGCCCACAUGGCCUGCCAGAGUGUCAGCCAUCAUAUCCCAAAGCAGAUGACCCCUCGCAUGGUAGAAAUCUCUCCUGAUGACGUUAUCUGGGACAACAUGUCCAUUAAAUGGUGGGAACGAUACAUCAGAACGUUUGGUGUGAUGAUUAUUGUGGGGGCCAUGGUGAUCGGCUGGGCCUUUCCUGUCGCUUUUACCGGUUUAUUGUCGCAGCUAUCAUACCUAGAGGUUCAUUUUGUUUGGCUACGAUGGCUCGGUAAGCUUCCUCAGUGGCUGCUAUCGGCAAUCCAGGGAAUCCUUCCUCCCCUGUUUCUCUCAAUCCUCAUGGCUCUUCUGCCACUUGUUCUUCGAUUCUUGUCUAGGAACCAAGGUGUCCAUACUGGUAUGGCUAUCGAAUUAACCGUGCAAAACUACUACUUUGCCUUCCUAUUUGUCCAGAUCUUCCUCGUUGUCUCUAUUUCUUCGAGCUUUUCAACUAUAAUUGACUCGCUGAAGAAUGUGCUAAGUGUACCCGAUCUUUUGGCCCAGAAUAUACCCAAGGCCAGCAAUUAUUUCUUCUCCUACAUGAUCCUGCAGGCCAUGUCUGUAAGUGCCGGUGCUUUGGUUCAGAUCUUUGCUUUGAUAAGUUGGUUUAUUCUCGCACCUAUCCUGGAUAAUACUGCAAGAAAGAAAUGGGCGAGAGCAACGAAUCUCAACCAGAUGCAGUGGGGAACUUUCUUCCCUGUUUACACCACGCUGGCAUCGAUUGGGCUGAUAUACUGUAUCAUUUCGCCCCUUAUUAUGGUCUUCAAUGUCCUCACGUUUAGUCUCUUCUGGGUCGUAUAUCGGUAUAAUACCCUUUACGUUACGAAAUUCCGUUUUGACACAGGUGGUUUAUUGUUCCCUCGGGCAAUAAACCAACUCUUUACGGGUCUUUACGUGAUGGAGGUCUGUCUUAUCGGAAUGUUCUUCCUCGUCAGGGACGAAAAGAAAGAAGUUGCGUGCGAAGGCCAAGCUAUCUGCAUGAUAGUCGUUUUGAUUCUCACCGCACUUUUCCAAUAUUUCUUGAAUGAGGCUUUCAACCCUUUGUCGCUCUACCUGCCCAUUACCCUUGAAGAUGAGGCUACUCGGCGUGAUGAAGAGUUUGCUCGCGCCCAACGGCGUAGAUUAGGGAUCGAAGAGGAAGACGAAGAGUCAGACACGGAGGGUCACCGAAAGGACGGCGAAAAGGAUGAAGCAAUUGAGUUAAGUGAGAUGGACAAGGAGCAGCGGCAACAACCGUCUUCUCCUCUCUUCCUUGGUUCCCGGCUCAAUCGCGUCGUAGGCUCGACGAAGAAGCUGAAACGGAAAUCCUGGGCUGACCGGUCGUCGAAUAGCCGGUCACCAUUUUUUGGUGGCCGUUCUGAUGCCGCCAUGCCAACUCUCCGGACUAUACGCAAGAAGCUCGCUCUUGAUACCGAGUCACAGGCUGCCCCUACCCAUGCUAUCGGCCAGUCCCUAUUCUCAGGCAUCCACGACGAGCUUGAAGACCUAACUCCUGAGGAGCGUGAUCAGCUUGUACAAAGGGCGUUUCAGCAUGAGGCACUACGGAUUAGACGUCCAGUCAUCUGGAUACCACGAGAUGAUAUGGGUGUUAGCGACGACGAGAUCUUCCGCACGCAGAGACUGACGAAGCACAUUUGGAUUAGUAACGAGUACCAGGCGUUGGAUGGCAAGUGUCGGGCCAUAUUCAGUCGAAGCCCUCCUGACUUUUCGGAAGUUGACCUUAUCCAGCUAUGA